CAGGUUGUUGCUGGAAAGACGUCUUUGGAUUUGUUUAGAGCGAAAGGUGAACGUUUCUGCAUUGGGAAGAAACUCCUGCAACAGCAGCACAGGAUGGUCAGGCAGCCUCCUUGAGCCCAGAGCUCACCUUUGAAGCUCUUGCUCUUCUUGCUGUGUGAGAAAGUGUGUGGUCCCAAACCAGCCCCUUUCUGACUGGUACUGCUCUCCAGCAGGGAAGACUGGGGUCAACCUACCAUGCCUCGCUCACUGCUUCAGCCAUCCAGGUCACAGGUGACAGGGUUUCUUGAGGAGUUCGACCAUUACUCUUCCCUGGCCAAACUCAUGUCCAUCUACCACACAACGAACAGGAGCAUCUUCAACUGGACAGAGAGCCGCAUUGUUGAGUGGGAGAAAUUUGCUGAGCUGGCUAAAUAUGAGCCAGAAUCCCAGAAACCAACCGUGAAAGCGCUGCUAAUCGUGGCGUACUCAGUCAUUAUCGUCAUGUCUCUCUUUGGGAACAUGCUGGUGUGCCACGUGGUGCUGAAGAACAAGAGGAUGCACUCAGCCACCAGCCUCUUCAUCGUCAACCUGGCAGUGUCAGACAUCAUGAUCACACUGCUCAACACACCUUUCACCUUGGUCCGCUUUGUGAACAGCACGUGGAUUUUUGGAAAGGCCAUGUGCCACAUCAGCCGCUUUGUGCAAUACUGCUCCCUGCACGUGUCCACUCUGACCCUGACGGCCAUCGCUCUGGACAGGCACCAGGUCAUCCUGAAUCCGCUGAAGCAGAGGAUGUCCCUGACAAAGGGAGCUCUGAGCAUCUCUGUUAUCUGGCUGAUGGCAACCUGCUUCUCCCUGCCCCAUGCUGUCUAUCAAAAGCUUUUCCAGUAUAACUACAGGGAAGCCACUGUCCGGAGUCUGUGCCUCCCUGACUUCCCCGAGCCUGCAGAGUUGGUCUGGAAGUAUCUGGACCUGUCUACCUUUCUCCUUCUUUACCUCCUGCCUCUGCUGAUCAUCACCGUCACCUACAUGCGCCUGGCCAAGAAGCUGUGGCUCCGCAAUGCCAUCGGGGACGUCACCACGCAGCAGUACGUCACCCACCACAGGAACAAGAAGAAGAGCAUCAAGAUGCUGAUGCUGGUGGUGGUGGUCUUUGCAGUCUGCUGGUUCCCCCUGAACUGCUACGUGGUGCUGAUCUCCAGCCUGGGCAUCAAGACAAAGAACUCGCUCUAUUUCGCGCUGCACUGGUUCGCCAUGAGCAGCACCUGCUACAACCCCUUCAUCUACUGCUGGCUGAACGAGAGCUUCCGCACGGGGCUGCGCUCCCUGCUCUGCAUCUGCCAGAAGGUGCCACAGCCUCAGGAGCAGGCGCUGCCACCCAGGGCCAUGUCCUGCCGCGAGGCGUGGCUGGAGCAGGCCAGGUGCAGGAAGGGCCCGGCCUCCCAGGCCAGCUGCUCCACCAGGAACCUCCCGACGGCCAACACGGACCUGUGAGCCACGGGGCUGAGGGGAGUUACCUGGCUGUGGGAGGCACCAAGGGCUCUCCUCAGGAGCCAGCAGUGCUGCUCUGUUGUCUUACUUCUGAUUUUUGGCUUGUCUUACUACAGCCCCUCCUCUGCUUGGCAUGGUGGGCACACAGCCUCUCCAGCACUCUACCAGUAAAACCCACUCUGCAGCUGGCCCAGGGGGCAGGAAUAUGUACAGGGGUCAUGGAGCUUCUCAGACAUCAUGAUCUGCUUUCAGGUUUUCCCAUUUAUUGCUGUCAGAGGGAGUGGGCCCAGGUUUCUGUCAUGGCUGUAACAUGUGCCAUAAUGUGGGGCUCUGCACAGCAACAGAAACAAUCUGUGAUGUUUGAAGGAAGGACUUGGACAUGCAGAUGAACUCCAUCCACAGGGAGCCUCACCAGUUAGUGUAUAGCAAAGCCUCCAACAGAAGUAAGGAUUGUUGACAGUGAUUUUGCUCUCAGAGUCUGCUCCUCCUGCCCUGUCUCUGUCCCACCCACAGCAGCUGGAAGCCAGCCCCAGACAAGGGGAGCAGGGAUGCUCCCCAGGAGCCAUGGCCGUAGGCUCAGAUGGCACAACGACAGAUUAAUGUAGUCCACUGAGAAGUUCUUUCUAUUAUAAAUACAUUAAUUCAGUGAAGAGAGCUACACUGGCACUUUACAAAAGGCCACAAAAGAUUUCAUCAGGGCUGUAGCAUUCACUUACUGAAGAAUGGAAUCAUUCUGCAUUGUUACUAGUUGCUGUAAAAGUCUCAUUUAAACAACAGGAGGGCAAGAAAGGGCCAGAAGGAAUGUCCUGUGAGAAGCAACCAAGAGCUCUGGGGCUGUCUAGUUGGUGCAAAUCAGGUGAUGGAUUUCAGUAGCCCAAGGGCAGCCAUGUCAGCUGGGGGGCUCCUGGCCUGCCCUGGUGAUACCCAGAGAGGCAGUGGGGGGCCUGGCUGGCUUGAGGCAAUAAGGACAUAUUCCCACUACCUUCCUAGGGGAGAAUAAGCCAGACCAAAGAAGGGAAACGAAGGACUGGUUUUUAUGUUGUUUUUUUUUUUUUUGUUAUUUUCCAUUUGUGCAGUGGGAAGGAAAAGGACAGAAAGGAGGGGUAUCCUAGCUUCAGGCCACUUGACCCCAGCUGGGCACCUUGGGUGUGCACUGCAGUGCCUGCACCAGAAGAAAACAGCAGAACAUGAGGAGUGGCAGCAGGAAUGGGUGAAUACUUCAUCCCUGAGGCACUUUGCUUGGACCUCACCAUUAUUGAACAUGGGAAUUCAAAGCUGUCUGUGCUGGUUGCCAGCGCUGUCCCCACUCAGUGUACAGAAAGGUUUGUUUUCAGUCAAAAAACAUCACUGUGAGUUUCUCAAAAUGUUAAGAUAAUCUUUAAUUAAUAAGCAUCACCUCAUUUAAUUAGUAAAAGAAGCUUUGAAUUUUUUUUUUACUGUUCCUCGCUCCUCACUAUCUUUUGGUGAGCAGCUCUCCAACUGCCAUGUAUUGUCUUUAAUAUUUAUUAGGUUUGUUUUCCUUCCUUUCUUUCUUAAAAUGGCUGAAUAACCUUUUUCUGGUGGAGUCCAAGCCCUUACUCCAAAGAAGGGGUCUCUCCACACUUCCUUGAUCUUCUGAUAAUCCCUGUAGUUAUCUAUCUCUUGCUGUCAGAAAUAACCUGGCUGGUUUUCCUUGGAUCUGUCAAUCGCAGCAUCUCCUCACUGCUGAAUUUUUCUCCCCUAAAUGGGCAGGAUGGGAGAGCUGACUGUAUCGAAUCUCCGUAAUGGCUCAGCUAUCUGGACUGAUAAUUAUCAAUGCCUGAGUGAGAUUCAGAGCUUUGCACACUUUGCCCAAUGCCUCAAGGCUCCUGUAUCACUUGAGGAUGCCCUGACUCCCAGCAGCUCUCAGGCAAACAUAGAAUGCACAAUAUAUUCAAGAAAAGUAUAACCUGAGUGUCGUUUGACCAGGGCAUGGACAGUGCUGGGGGGGCAGGAGGCAUCUCUGCUGGACUCCAGGCCCGGCUCUGGAAAAGGGAAUCUGUGAAAUUCGGCUUCUGCUGGGUCUGAGUCAACCCAGCACGUAAAUAGAUGCUUAAACAUUCCUUAUAAACAUUCCUUAAUCUGUCUCCAUCCCGCCGGGCACCUGUGGAAAUGGCUUCCUGAGUGGCGCCGGGAUCCCAGGGAGAGCUCCCAGAGCCAGGAGCAAGGCUGUGCUCUGCUCCCGGCCGGACAGGGCUGCGGGGGCUGCAGCAGCGCACUCUGCUCCCUGCAGACACCAGCCUGGGACCCGGCAGGAGUGUGGGGUGCGAGGAGAAUCCCCCUCUGCCAUCAGGAGACCCCUCCCUCUUCCCAUCUGUGGACCCCACGCUCACCCGGUGCCCUCGGUGGCAAAGCCCCCCGGGAGGCAGAGCUGCAAGGGAGAGCUUGGAGGGCAAAUUAUUGAAACACUGAGUCACCACAAGCCUACUCCCGGGAAACUAUUUGAGCACACACAAAUCAGUGUGCAAAGAUCCAGCGAGACAUGUCUGAGUGAUUAACAGCCCGAAUUUAUUAAGGUUAGCUCAUGCCAAAUGCAGCAGAGUGCCUUCAGCAGAGUUGCUGAUGAAGACGAUAACAGGGAACGCAGUGCAGGGGAUACCUGAAUUCCAGAGACAAAUCCUCUUAUAUAGCCCCACCACAUAAUGAACAAAGAAACCACAACAUGCCAACUAGAUUAACAAAAAGCUAGCAGAAAAACCCCCACAAUGAGUCAGAAAAUUAGCUCA